AUGGCUUCAAAUGAUAAUGUUAUAGUUGUAAGAAAUACCAAUCAAGAAGAAGAGGAAAUUAAUGGAUCACAAAAUGAUUAUAAUAUUAAUUUAAAUUCUAGAAGUAAUAAUCAAAAUGAAAUAAAUGAAAAUAAUACUACAAUAUUUAGUAAAGAAAUUUUAGGAUGUUCUAUAGGACAUUUUUACAAUGAUCUUUGUGCAUGCAUGUGGUUUACCUAUUUAAUGAUAUUUUUAGAAAAAGUUUUACAUUUUCCAUCAGAAAAAUCAGGAUUUUUAAUGUUAAUUGGACAAGUUGCAGAUGGAUUAUGUACACCAGUUGUUGGUUUUUUAUCUGAUGGAGGUUAUAUACCAAAAUUUUUAAAACCAUUAGGUAAACGAAUUUCAUGGCAUUUGAUUGGAACAAUAGCAGUAGGAAUAACAUUUCCAUUAAUAUUUAGUGGUUGUUGGUUUUGUCAAAAUUCAACUGGUUGGUUAGGGGUAGCAUAUUUAAUAUUAUGUAUAACACUAUUUCAAUUUGGUUGGGCAUCUGUUCAAAUAUCACAUUUAGCAUUAAUUCCUGAAAUGACAAAUUGUCAAGCUAUUAGAACAUCAAUGCAAUCAUUUAGAUAUGCAUUUUCAAUGAUAGCAAAUGUUUUAGUGUUUACUUUAUUAUAUUAUUUAUUUCAAAAUGAUGAAGAACCAGAGAUAAUAGAUGAAAAUGAUUUAAAAAAUUUUUCACAUGCUGGUUUAGUGUUAACGAUAGUUGGUCUUUCAACAUCAAUUUUAUUUUAUCUUUUAACAAAAUCACAUUGGAAAAUAGAGGUUAAUACAUCAAAUAAUGAAAUUUCUAUAUUACAAAAUGAAAGAAAUAAUAUUUAUAAUUAUGAUAAAAUGAAUUGGUAUAAAUGGUUUAAAAAUUUUCAAUAUUAUCUUAUUACAAUACUUUACAUGCUAUGUAGAUUAAGUGUUAAUGUUUCUCAAGUAUAUUUUCCUUUUUAUAUUAUAAUAACAUUAAAAAUGUCCAAAAAUUUUGUCGCAAUAUUACCAUUAAUUAUUUAUAUAUCAUCAUUUUUUUCUUCAAUAUUUAUUGGCAUACCAUGGAUAUCAAAAAAACUUAAUAGAAAAGCAACAUUUAUGUUUGGUAUAUUUAUUGGAAUCCUCAAUUGUGUAUUCUUUUAUUGUGAUCAUAAAAAUUUAACAUUUGUCUUAGUAAUUUUUAUGGGAAUAUCACAAUCUAUAUUACUUGUCUCUUCAAUAUCAAUAACAGCAGACUUAAUUAAUAAAAAUACAGAAAGUGGUGCAUUUGUAUAUGGUUCAAUGUCAUUAUUUGAUAAAUUUUCGAAUGGUAUUGUUUUUCAGAUAAUUGAAAUUUUUAAUCCUAGUUGUACUUCAAUGAAAGGAGCAAAUAUUGAUUGUUCACAAUUUUAUAGAGAUAUUCUUAUUUUUAUACCAGGUUUUUGUGGUAUUGUAAUGUUUAUAAUAUUAUUAAUUUUAUUACCACAACAAAUUGGAAAAAGAAAUAAUAAUAUGGAAUAUGAAAUAUUAAUAGAAAAUGAUAAUAAUGAAAAUUAA